AUGUGGGAAACCUCGUCAGGCGACGCUCAAUUCUCGGGGUUCAUAGGUCUUCGCCAGCAGUGGCCCAAAUUUACCAUCAAUAAACUCGAUAUGGAACCUGGCCAUUCAAGAAACCAAGAUCCGACAAGCUCGAAGCCGAACGAGCUCUCAUCACCUCCCCUGGAUGUCCGAAAACGCCUCGAGUACCCGACAAAGCUGCUGGUGAAGCAGAGCAACGGACAAUGGGAAGUAGAGAGGAUGAUCGACAAGAAUGUUCGACCAAAGUAUCUGUUCAUCAGUCACAUCGGGUCAAAGACCAGAGAAGAUAAGGAGAAAUACCUCGAAACGGCAAAGCGAUUGGCGGACAGGGAGAAGUUCGGCGCCAUCUAUCUUGACGACUGGUGCUUCACGAGUUCGAGACAGAAGAGAGCCGAGAAGAUGUCAAAAGAGUUGGGAGAUGCCAUAACAGACUAUGAGAUCUACACCCUCUGCGACAUUGUGCGAAGCUCAGGCCGAGUUGCUGUUAUAUAUCCAGGCUCCACGGCGCUUCCCGACUCGGUCACUUUCAAGAAAGAAUGGGGCAAGCGCAUGUGGACUUUCCUCGAAGGUCUGCUUGCGCCGGACAAGUCAGUGCUCUUCUGUCCGUGGGACUAUGGUAAUGGGCUGUCUGUUUCGGAUUCGUCGAUCGAGUCUCUCAAUAAGAUUGAGAUGACUGCCCAAUGCUGGGAUAUCGAUCGUGGAAGGACCCAAGAGGAAGGCGGUACUUCCACCCGCCUGCUCGCCGAGUAUUUUUCUGGACUUGUGUUCAUGAGCACACUAGAGCUUCUCCCCGUGGUCUUCCACGCUCUGAGCUCACGCAACCGAGGCAACCAAAACACCUUCUCGGACCUAGCUUACGCAGCCAUGGGCCUCCUCCGCUUUCGUGUGGACAAACGAGACCACGAGAAUCCCACCCUGUUCCAGACGCUAGCCCAUUUAUCCGUCAAGAACGACAGCGACGAGAUAAUCGAGCGCCUCAUAAGCCUUCUCCCGCGCCACAGGGAAGACAACGACAUUCCUCUGCAUGCCUCGGAUGACAUGGUGUGGACGAACCUCUGUGAACCUGAUACAUACGGCACUCUCGUCCACCACAUUACCCCGCUCUGCGAGGUAGUCGGCAUCGCAGAGGAAGACCAGACUGUCUUCAUCGACAACUGUCACGCAAUAAACAUCAGGUGGAAAGACUUCCCCGAGGUGCUGGUCUCGGGCGAACGUGGCGGGAUGUGGAGGACGAUAACCCGGACCCUCGUGUUCGGGGCGCUCGGGGUGACUGCGCUGGCGGUGCAAGGCGUCUUGGGCAUCAUACUCAUCCGCCACUUCUCCGACAUGGUGCGUUCCGACGACGGCGAAGUUUCGAGCUUGUCGUUGUCCAUGAUUUCCUCCCGGGCCUUGCGGACAUCCACGCCCACGACGGAAAAGUUCUUCGUCAUUCUCACGAUUGUCUCUUUGGGGCUUGGGUAUUUGAUGGCUGUGGCGAUUCCAUUCAUUUCGAAGAAGAUCUUUGCGCAAGCGUUCGCCAAAUGUAAGCCUUGCCUGGUGGGCUUUGAAGGCGUCAUGCCGCUCGAAGAGUUGGAGAGACACAUAUUCGGCGUAGUCGUCAACCGACUGGAAUAUUCCCCAUCUGCAUCACGCAUCUUCACUGACGACGACGACUUGGAUCCCGAUAACCGUGCUUAUCUACACGGCAAGCCGGAGUGGAUCGAAAAGAAGUCGCACGGGUUGGGAAACCACGACGACAAGAUCAGAAAGCUUCUCAUGAAAGGGCAGCGGGUUUUCACACUGGUCGACCUGGGGGAGUUCUCUGUCACGAUAUUUGCUGCCGAGAGGCCCCCGUCCGUCGCUUUGCUAGCUGGCAGAGAGGGCGGUAUGUUGCGUGCUGUGUUAUGCAGCUGGGAUCCGUUGAACGACUGUCUCUACAAGGAGACCGUGGUCCGAAUGCCCUCAAACGUUUUGCAUUCUUCGAAGCCAACAUCCUGGCUCAAGCUGUGUCUCCAGACAUGGAACAACGCGCGUGAAGCUCGGCACAUCGCUACGGACACUCUGAAACAUGCUAAGAGGGCAGAGGAGCUGGCUGCCGAAGCCGAGAAGUCUGCUUCGAAGGCUGAAGAGACUGCAAAGUGUGCCGAGGAAGAAGUUGAAUGUGCACGAGAAGAGAAGCGCGAGCCUGUUGUCACGGAUGUCGAGGUCUCAGAGGCGAGGGCCGCGUCUGAUGGCGCAAGGGCGGCUGCGAAUGAGACGCACAGGGCCGCCGGGAGAGCUAUCGCUGCCGUUAAAAGCGCAAAGGCCGCGACGGACAUAGGUAUUGCUCAGAGGUGUCUCCAGAUUGCCAACGAUGCGUCUGAUGCUGCGAGCAAGGGCCUCCUCGACACCAGCAUUUGCGCGGAGGCGGCGCGGAAAGUUGCUAACAAGUUGUCCUCAUGA